AAGCGGACGGCGAGCUCCGACUGCUCCAAGUGUUUCUGCUCCAGGCAUCAAUGAGGACCGCGAUGCUUACUUCUGCAGCUCUCUUCCCCUCUUUCUCUCAUUCGCCUUACCAGAUAUUAUAGUGCAUUUCAACUUUUGUACAGGCAUACAGGCAAGGGGAAGUUUGGAUUGCAUUUUUUUAUCACAAUUUACCUCUUGUUUUCUGUAAUAAAUAUGAGAGGUCGGUUUGUUGUCACUUUUCUUUGGAAUUUAAUAUGUGCUAUUUCUUAUGCUGUUUUACGGGUAGGAUAAGGAAACAACAAAAAGGUGUGACAAGAGCUUGGCGGACAACUGUGGAUUUCUGCGAGUAACUCCUACCGUCAAAAGGGGAUGAGGGGGGCAUCGGCCGGACCCCCCUCUUGAUUGAUUACUUAUUAGUCAUCCCUUUGGCUAAAUGGGACCCAUUGAAAAGGCACCGUGGAACACAUACAUGAAUCAAAUAUUCCUGUGUCCCCCGAAUGUCUCCAGAGUAGUUUUGCUUAAGAGAGGGGGUCGUGGCUUAGCAUUAUAAAGAGGGAAAAACAGCAUAGCUUUAUGGGUUUAUUUAGACAGUUUCUACGGUUUGACAUUCUACGGCUUUAAAAAAAAGAGAAAAGGAAAAACUCGAGGAUUCUAAAGAGGAGAACAUUUUGGACAUACAUUUUUUGUAGUAUUCCGUUGUUUCUUUUAAUUUUUUUCCCUUUAAUUUUUUUUGUAUUUUUUUGCUAUUUCCUCUCCCGAAAAAUGAAACUUUGGACAUCUCCCUGGGUGUCUUGCCUGGUGAUUCUCAUCUUGUGUUUUGGAUCAGAGUGCGGGACAGUCCGGAGAUCCAAGAGGGAGUUGGUGCGCAUUAGGGAGGCGAAAGCCAUCCCAGGGGCUUGUGCCACACGUCUGCCCCGGGGCAAACGCUCUUUGCCCGGCUUGGAGCGACGGGUUCCUCGCCAGCGUCGGCGCUCCUCUCAGGCGGAGGAAAACUCUCCGGAUCGGGGCAAAGCUGUCUAUUUUACCGGCAGGGGAGAUCAGCUGCGGCUGAAGCCUGGCGUGGAGAUACCAAGAGGAAAUUUCACUCUGGAGAUGUGGAUCAAACCGGAGGGAGGUCAACGAUCACCCACAGUGAUUGCAGGUCUAUACGACAAAUGUUUCUACGCCUCUAGUGACCGAGGCUGGUUGCUUGGCAUCCAGGCGGUUAGUGAACACGGGAAUCGUGAUCCCCGCUUCUUCUUUUCUCUCAAAACGGACCGUGCCCACAAAGUGACCUCCAUCCACUCCAAUGCUCGUUAUGGACCCAACCAAUGGGCACAUGUGGCAGUCACAUAUGACGGUGUAUACAUGAAGCUCUUUGUCAAUGGGGCCCAAGUGGGUGUCAGUCGCGAGCAAUCGGGCGAUGUCUUCAGCCAUUUGACCAAAAAGUGCAAAGUGCUGAUGAUUGGGGGGAACGCACUGAAUCAUAAUUACAGGGGGGCAGUGGAGAGGGUGGGCCUAUGGAGGCAGGCCAGAGGGCAGAGGCAGAUUAUCAGGGAUAUGCAGGGCCACGAGGACCCCCAAGAUCUACCUCAGCUGGUCAUACGUGAAACAUUUGAGCACCCAGGCCGGAAGUGGCUGACUGUAAAAGAUGGUAGCUUUCCUCAGCCUGAGGAGGGGGGAGGCGGACGAUUAGGAUUCCUGGGUGGUGUUGGAGUUGUUAAUUCUGAGGGAAUAUUGGACACAACACUGGACCCGCCAUCUUGUGGUCAAACUGUCUGCGACAAUGUUCAGGUCAUCAAGAACUACAACAACCUUUGGAACUUCCGUCGACCGAAGAAAGUACGUUAUCGUGUCAUCAAUGUUUGGGACGAUUUACGGAUAAAGCCAACUGUAUCAGACCACCAGAUCAGCCUGCAACACCAGCAGCUAAAUGAUGCCUUUAGCCCCUAUAACAUCAGCUGGGAGCUUAGCGUUCACAAUGUGACCAACUCCUCCCUUCGGAACCGCCUGAUUCUAGCUAACUGUGAUAUCAGCAAAGUUGGCGAUGAUGCAUGCGACCCAGAAUGCAACCACCCGCUGACAGGGUAUGAUGCAGGUGACUGUAUGUCUGGGUAUCGGAGCCGUUGCCCUGAGCACAAGCAGGGAAAUGGUGUGUGUGACCCUGAAUGUAACUGGGAAAACUUCUUCUAUGACCUCGGCGACUGCUGUAACCCUAAUGUUACUGAUGUGACCAAGACAUGCUUCAACCGCUCGUCUCCACACAAAGCCUAUUUGGAUGUGAAAGAGGUGAAAGAGAUUCUGAACUUGGAUGGCUCGACUCACCUGAAUGUCUUCUUUGCCAAUUCUUCUGAUGAAGAUCUGGUGGGGGUUGCCACUUGGCCAUGGGACAAAGAGGCCCUCACACAUUUGGGUGGAAUUGUGCUGAACCCUUCCUUCUAUGGUACGUUUGGUCACACUGACACAAUGGUCCAUGAGAUCGGUCACAGUCUUGGGCUUUAUCACGUCUUCCGAGGUAUAUCAGAAAUCGAUUCGUGUAAUGAUGCGUGUUUGGAGACGGAGCCCUCGAUGGAGACUGGAGAUCUGUGUGCGGACACCAACCCCACCCCCAAAUUCAAAGGGUGCCACGAUCCUGAGCCUGGCAACGAAACAUGUGGCGGUCGGCAUUUCACGCACACGCCUUUUAACAACUACAUGAGUUAUGCAGAUGAUGCUUGUACAGACUCCUUCACCCUGAACCAGGUGGCUAGGAUGCACUGCUACCUGGACCUCAUCUAUCAGACCUGGCAACCUGCCUCCAAACCUCCUCCAGUGCCAAUGCCACCCCAAGUGGUGGAGCAGCAUCAUAAUUCCAUCACCCUGGAAUGGUUUCCACCGAUUUCUGGACACUUUUACGACAGAGAUGUGGGAUCAGUGUGUGAUAAAUGCACUGAGGGGAGAGUCCUCCUGCAGUAUGCCUCCAACUCCUCCUCCCCACGACCGUGCGCCCCUUCUGGACACUGGUCUCCACGAGAGGCUGAAGGCCCUCCAGAUGUGGAGCAGGCCUGUGAGCCAAGUGUGCGCACCUGGAGCCCAAAUGCAGGGACUGAGCAAGGUAUUGUGGGCCUGUCAGAGUGUCCUCUCCAGGGCUGCAUGCUUCAGCUGGAGUUCCCCUACCCGCUGGUACCUGACUCCCUGACUGUAUGGGUCACCUUCUUUAGCCCAGAGGAAACAGCACUGCCAGCUAUCCAUAACAUCUUGCUCCUGACCGUCAGUGGGAACAACAUUUCAUUGGGCCCCAGUAAUGUCUUCUGUGACACCCCAUUGACUCUGAAGCUGGACAUAGAGGAUGAAGUGUAUGGGGUACAGUUUUUCACCAUGGAACAACACCUAGAGAUCGAUGCCACUCUCUUGUCAUCCAAGCCAGACUUCAGACUCUGCAGGCAUUGCCGACCUCUACGCUACCGCCUAUUGCGUCAACCACCUUUCACACAUGCACCACACGGUCUGAUGUUGAAUGAACCUAUCCGUCGAUAUAUAGACAGGGAUGUGGCGCCACAUGUUGUGUACACCUACCAGGUCCAAACCAUCUCCAGCCGGAGUGAGAGUGAGCCCUCCGCCCGGCUGGUACAUGAUCUGGGGGCACCUUACUGUGGAGAUGGACGCAUCCAGAGAUCCAAAGGAGAAGAGUGUGAUGAUAAGAACUCUAUGAAUGGGGACGGCUGCUCCAGUCAGUGCAAGAAGGAGCCUUUCUUCAACUGUGUUGAGGAGCCAAGCAUGUGUUACUACUAUGAUGGCGACGGGGUGUGUGAGGAUUUUGAACGAGAGACCGGCGUGAGGGACUGUGGCCUCUACACCCCUAAUGGUUUCCUUGACCAGUGGGCCUCAUCUGUCGAUGUUUCCCAUGAGGAGAAGCCCUACUGCUCCGGGGAGGUGGCUGCGGGAUACCCUGCUGUAACUAAGACAUGUCAGUCCAAAGUGUUUGACCUAUCAGACGGAGUGUCCCAGUAUGCGUGGUUCCCCUGUCGCGAGGCUCAUAAUACUCAAUAUGGAUAUCAGAACUAUUUGCUCAAGGCCCACUUCUCUCAUCCCAUGGUGGCAGCAGCAGUGAUUAUACAUCUGGCUGCAGAUGGCACUGGCUACCUUGAUCAGACUCAGUGUAACAUCACUGUUCAGCUGGUAGACACCAAGGAUGGUAUCCAUAGUCUGGGUGAUUGGCGUCUGAGCUGCCGCACCAACCCUUUGGUGAUCCCGGUGAGCCAUGACCUGUCAGUGGCCUUUUACCACACCAAGGCUAUCCUGGUCAUGUUUGCCUCUCGCCUUGUUGCCAUCUCCGGAGUUGGCCUCCGCUCUUUCCAGUCCUUCGAUCCCAUCACGAUAAGCGGUUGCCAGAGCAAUGAGAUCUACAACCCGACAGGCCAGAGUUGUGUACAUUAUUCGUGCGAAGCCAUUGACUGCCAGGAACCCUUAAUCCGCAAUGCAGAGCUCAAGUGCAGUAGCCCUGGCCGCCACUUCUACAAUGGAGACCGCUGCACCAUCUACUGCAACUCUGGAUACGUCCUGCAAGUCCACCAGGACGAUGACAUCAUCAAGAGCCAGUCGGACUCUACAGUAACUAUUACGUGUGCAAAUGGGAAGUGGAACAAACAGGUCUCAUGCGAGCCUGUGGACUGUGGUAUGCCAGACAAAUACCAUGUCCAUCCUGCCCAUUUCAAGUUCCCUGAAGGCACCACCUAUGGCAAGAAGAUCACCUUUCAGUGUCGAGAACCUGCCCAGCUCGUAGGUACAAACAACACCCUUACCUGCCUGGAGGACGGUCUCUGGUCCUUCCCAGAGGCUCUUUGUGAGCUCCGCUGCCCAGCCCCCCCUCCUGUACCCAACGCUGUGCUGCAGACCAAGCGCUGCAAUGAGACAGGCCUCAAAGUGGGAUCGCUCUGCAAGUACAAGUGCAAGCCAGGCUACCAUGUCACCAACAAACCUAAGAGGCGUGCGUUUAAGAGGCAGUGCACAGAGGAUGGCAGCUGGCUAGAGGGGGCAUGCGAGCCGGUGACUUGUGAUCCCCCACCUCCCAUCUUCCAUGGCUCCUAUCACUGUACUGAUGGUUUCCGCUUUGACAGCGUUUGCAAACUCAACUGCUCUGAUCCAGCCGGUAAUGCUGCUAUCGCCGCCACAGGAGGCUCUGCCCAUACGGUGAGGCUGCUGCACGCUCCAUGCAAGCAGAGUGCUGCGUUCAACGUGAUCCGCUGUAGGAAGGAUGGAAACUGGACAGGGUCAUUCCGCCUAUGCCCACACAGCAAAGGCCAGUGUACUUUACCUCAAAACCUCCAUCACAGCCUACAGUACUCCUGCAAGCGAGGACACGGCAUAGGUGAAGAGUGUGAGCUGACGUGCAGAGAGAGUAGCGCCGAUGUGGUGAUCCUCCCUAGCAACAUGACGGUAGAGAGUGUACUUAAAGAGCACUGGAGGAACCCGCACAAAGUCAAGAAUAUAGUCUGUACCAUGGGACUCAAAUGGUAUCCACACCCAGAAUUGCUCCACUGCAUCAAAGGAUGUGAGCCAUUCAUGGGAGACAACUACUGUGAUGCGGUCAACAACAGAGCCUUCUGUAACUAUGAUGGAGGAGACUGCUGCCAAUCCACAGUCAAGACCAAGAAGGUGAUUCCAUUCCCCAUGUCCUGUGACAUCCGGGAUGAGUGCUCCUGUCGGGAUUUGAAUGCUAUGGAGAACAGAAAGGAGGAACAUGUGCAUUCUCUGGGGUGACCAACCUGAGCAGGGACCUCAGUUCACCAUCGUACCCUUGCUGCAACACAACACAGCCUGAGUGGCCGAGGCAGACCCCUUCUUCAUCCUUCUCUCAGCCUCCAAUUUCCUGCACAUGCUGCUUAACAGGCAUACCUCUCCAUCCAUACUGCAACCCCGACCAGCUGAAAUGCCUCCUCCACAUCACAGACCAAGAUCAAGAAUAGAGGAUGGGAAUCAUGAGACUCCACAGAAACUUCAUUUCUCAGCUCAAAGGAAAGUAACCCUGCUAUAUCAUCAUAAAAAAAAUUAAAAAAACGUAUACAGCAAGGAGAAAAAAAACCUAAACAAAAAUGUAACCAAGCCUAGGUAGCAUGCCUUUUGUUGAGUUUUGUGCUGGCUUCAGUGUCUAUUUUAGUGACCUUGCCUUACAAUCACAUGAUUGAACCAAAGGUAAAUCAAAAUGUGCAAGUGAGGGAUCGUGUUGAUGUUGGCUCCCUGUUUUGCAAAUAUGAAGGAAAUCAAAAGACAGAUGUUAAAAAAUAUUCCUCAGACACUUUACAGGCAUGUUCAACACCUUUUCGGAGGGGCUAGAAGUGUGUGCGUAUAUCAUUCCUGGUUUCAAACUGGUCAGUCACUUUGUAUCUAUAUGCCCUUUACAGUAGAGGUUAUUCCUAGCUUGGUGGGGAAUGAGACAGCCAUAUUAUUGAGUUUCAAGCCACAUAUUCAACACAAAAGCCAGAUUAAAAGGCACAAACACACACACAAAAAAUGCCAACUUAUAUAACAUUAUUUCCUAAGAAUAUUUUAUAUUUAGAGCAAAAUCCUGAAUGCAUAAUUAAAACAUGUUUAGCAUGGCUUCUGCUACUGUGUUUGCUGCUACUUGCCAUCUUCACAUCAUAAUAUCUAAUGGGGUUAGACAGCAUUGUCUGCCUUGCUGCUUACAGUACCUCUUUAAAGCAUUCAUUUACACGUGCAUGUCGGUUCAUGAUACUUUCAUAGAAUACAUGUCGACAACACCACAUGAAAUGCACUAAGAACUUUAAAAAACCCCAGAACCUCACUUGUCAUUUCCUUUUAACCCCUAUCGCCCAAGAAAAAAUACAUUGACCACGACUUAAAGAAUGUCAUCGUUAAUACCUCACUUCGGUUUGGGUUGAUUUUAGUUUCAGUUUUAACUCUUCCCUCAUGGCGCUUGAUCAGAACUUUGUUACCUCAAGCACCAAAUCAAAAAUGUUCAAACUGAAGAUAAAAUCAUCCCAGCCUGUUUGGAAUGUAUUCAAUGCUUGUCAGAAGUCUUCAGCCUUUUUGAUAACACAGUACUGCACAGUCACACAAGAGGAAGAACUGAAGGGCUGGAAAUAGGUCCUGGCUCUUAGUGAGAAUGAGAAUAGGUGGAAGGAGACCUCAUCUGACAUUCAAACACGUGCACACACAUUUCUCAUUCUCUCCCCUCCCAGUAGUGUUGGACUCUCAGCAGUCAACAAUGCAACAAUGCAAUUCAUGAAAAUGACAUUUGGAUGUAUAUGUCAACACAGCAUUUGCAGUCACAAUAUGAUCAAAGGUCCCUAAGAUUCUCUGCUGGGUCCAGUGUUUAAGUAAUUCAUUUAAACCUUGUUUAUCGCUGCAGUAAAAAGUACAUUCUGUUGUUCUGAUCAGCACUUGUCAGUAUUGUGAACUCAGUCCGUCCCCACCAAUUAACUUCUUUAGAUCAUGUGGCUGCUACAAUAGCCUUGUAUUUUGUUAUUCCUCAUUCCAGACACAUGAAGGCUACACUAGUUUUUUCUCAUACACAUUUGAUAAUGAAGGCUGCUUGGCAUAUUGGUCCACAUGUUGCUGCUCUUAUUAGGCUGCAACCAUUGUCAGGGUUACAUUCAGCACGAUUGUGACUUUUCAUGUUAUUUAGGCCAAUGGCACAGUCCCUCUGACUCAUAUUAGGCUGCUAUAGCAUUUCAGAUCAUUCUCAUAAAUCAUUGUAGACAACAAAAUGUACAAGUGGCAAUGUAAGCCAGAUUUCAUGUAAUUUUAAAUCCAAUGUAGUUAAGAACUAAGAAAAUACCACCAAAUGCAGCAAAAGUGUGAAGGUAUUAUUUUCCACCAAAUACAAAGAAAAUAAACAAAAAAUAUAUCAUGUAAAUAUUACUAUAUGUUCUUGAUUGACAGGAGGGUGGAAAAAUAUUCUUUUUUUUGUUUUCAUGUAUUUCAUUUUUACAAAAUGUCAUAUUUAAUCAGUGUUUCUAUUAUUGACCUCAGUUACUGCACUUUUUUAGUUUUUCUAUGUAAGAAGAAAACAUAUAUCUUUUGAAAAUGUUUAGAAGCUGCUAUUGUCAGAAUGGUGAUCUGAGACAAACUGUAUGUUAUGAUUUUCUGUCUUUUGACUCCCUGUGUUGCUAUUAGCUUACCUGUCAUUAGUUUUUUUUAUUAUCUGAUUAUAGAUGCUCCUCUCCAAACUGACUUUGUAGUAGAGGUUGUCAAAGAAGUAGGGAGGUUUUGUCACUACAAAUUAUGUUUCUAUCCAUCAAACCAUCCAUCCAGCCAUUAAGACCCCCCCCAAAAAAAAUCUAAGAUAAAAAAGAGAUAUAUAUAGUAGGGAACAUAUCAACACAUUAAGUUUAGAAGGUUAUUUAUGGUCUAGCUAGACAUAAUUAGUAUGCCUUUUGUUUUUCCCUUAUUAGUGUGUGUAGUACAUCAUCUUAUGUUGAAAGUGUACAUUUUGGCAGAGAAACCAAGUGAUGUCAAAGGGGAAGGAAAAGCUUAAAUGAAGGAAUUCAUUGUAACUUUUAUGAAAUAUGAAACCUUCUAAAGACAUUGUCAAGGCUACAUUGUCUACUAAGCUUGCAUUUAACACUUUAUAUCUUAACAUACAUUAUAUAGCCUUGGUAAAAUAAAAUAAAAGAUGUAUUAUGUUGAUAUUAUCAAGUUAUAUGUAAUACUAGUACUCCAGAUACUGCUGCUUUACAUACAACUAUUAACAGUGGGGAAAGACUGACCUGCAGUCACUACACUACGCCAAUGACAUGCAGUACAUGCAUACACUGGUUCAUUAAGGGUCACCAUUUUAACCUUGUAAAUGGAUGAAUCCGAAACCUCACAUUGGAUCUUUCCCUUCAUCAGACACACAUAGUUCACAACCUAUUGUUGCAUCUACAUACUUUGACUAACUAAGAAAUAUCCUCCUCAACAAUUGCUUGUAUCAUUAGUCAAUGUCUGGAUACCAAAACAACUGAUUGUUAUCUUGAUCAAAACAGCUACAGAAUGUGACUGCAUAUCAACUUGAACAAUUAUAUUCCUAAUAAUGCAGAAGGUACCCUUAAGCCAUAGCUAACCAAGAUAUUCAUGGAAGGAAGUAAAAGAUUACGCAUUGGAUGAGGACAUCACCUCUCUACUGUAGUCAUCACAGGAUCCCUUGCUGUACCUCAUGCCUGUAAUGUUUGCUGCUUCUAUAUUUUUGGUAUUUUAGUGACCUUUUUGCGUCUCAUAACAAUGGUGUAAAUAGUAGAACUAUUUAUUGAGAGUGUUAUACUUUUUUAAGUUAUAUUUAAUGUCCAUGUAAGUUAUUUUUUACGUUGUGCUUAUAAACAGACACAUUAUAGGUUGUGAUUAAAAACUGUCAUUUUGGCUCUGUUGUGAUCAUUGCUGUCAAGCAUUGAUCAGAUAUACAUAUUCCUUCACAAAGUUCUGUCUCACUGGCUUAGAUUAAAUCUGCUUACAUCCAAUGAGCAUUCACCACAUGUGUUAUGUUCCUGAGUGCAGUGUAUUCUAUAUUCCUUUCAAACCAGAAUGUAAAGUUUAUUUUCUUUUUCUUUAUCUACUUAUUUUUUUAAAUACACACAUUAGCCAUACAAGUGGUGUGAAAAAGAACCAAUUAUACAAUGGUCAAAUACAUAAAUCCAUAAUAUAGCAAAUGAUGUUUCAAGGGACACGUGUAAGGAACAAGGAAUAUGCAUUCAGAGCCAGAAGAGGACAGUAGCAAUUACAAAGAGAGGGGACAAAACUGAAGGGAAUGGAGGGCAGAAGGCAGGCGAUGGUGCCCCCUGAGAGUGUUCUUGGAUGGCAGGAAAAGUAGAAGGUGUGCAGGGAGAGAGGUAGGGAUGUGUGGGCUUCUUUUCCUGGCCUGUCUAGCUAUUUGUCCAGGUGUGAAAAUGUGUACUCACAGAGGCUGCCCCUGGGCCAGGGGUGGCGGGGGCUGACUGGCAACAAGCCGAGGACAAUGAGUCAGAGUUUCUCCUGGGGGUGGCAGCCAUCCCUUUCUGGGACUCCUAACACCCCCCCCCCCCUCACCACUCCACCUCCCGACUGCUCAACACACUGCCUCAUCUGUCACUGUCAGGUAUGCCUGCACAGGUCUGCUAGGGUCACGCUGGCCCUGUGAAAAUCAGAGAGGAUGUUUGCCCGGCUUACAGAGCCUUUUGAAGUUAGGCUAAAGGACCACAGUUUUCCUCACCUAGAGCAAAUACUUAUCACAUAAUGUGAUUUGUAUAGCAGUCUUUUUUAGACAGGCUUUGAUACCUCUCCACAUUUCUCACCAACAGUCACUCCUUUGUUUCUAAUUUAACACCGGGAUGUCGUAUUGCUUGUCUAAAAAUGGUAGAAGCUUUGUACUGUCUAAGUAAUUACAAAGUGUUGGGGAGUGUAAGAAAGAGUGUCUGAAGUCUUCAUAUUUUUGCUCACAUUGUGGAGAAAAAUACUGAUGUGCCAUCUUGUUGUAAGACAUUUUCUUUGUGUAUUGUAACACAUGAAGUACCUCUCACAGGCCUCUGGUUAUAGAAUGGUCCACUUAUGUAUGUUUCCUAAUCCCUCAAUAAAUAAAUAAAAAAGGUAAAUUGUCCUUUUUCUAAAUGGAAAGUACAAAAAAAAGUGUAUUUACAUAUUACGUGGAUAUCUAGUGGUAUUACUGCGAUGUUUCGUACCCGAUUGCUCAACAAAUAUAUUUUAAGAUGUAAAUAAUACUAUUAUAUGAUGAUUGUAUUUGCAAACCAUGUACUAACUGUUUGAGAGUAGCUCUUGGAUUGAUUUUUAUCAUAACUAUUAUACAAAGAGAUGAACCGUUAAUAUGUUGUGCAUUGUGUCAAAGUAUCACCUGCAAGACAGAAAAAAAAGAAAAAAAAAAGACCUGUGAUGCUUUACCACACCACUCGCUGUCGACAUUUAUUUGUUCAUAAUGGCUUAGUACACGCACUGUUGUCAGUUGUCUAAACCAUGAAUUUAUCCAUUGUGUCAUGAAAUAUUUAUUUGUUGUCAAGAUGAAUAAAAUCAUAAUGGUCAUUUCUGGGUCUUAGGAGUCUGUUGAAAUUGAUCUUUAUAAUCAAACUGGCUGAUCUUUGUUAUGCAAUGAGAAGUUCAUUUUCAAUUCGUCUUAAACAGCUUUCAUUUCAAACUCCAUACUGUAUUCCUUCCGGUCUUAUCCCAAUGCCUUUGUGUUUGCUGAGAGUUUCACCAACACUGUAAAGGUAGCCAUCGGACUCAGUAGUCCAUCCCUCCCUCUGAUGGCCUCCUCUCUCUUUGGUUCUUACACAGUAUGCACUUUUUCAGGCACAUAUACAACAGAUUGGACUUUUAUGUUUCCGUUUAUGUUUCUCUCUGUUUUCACAGUUGCAAUUAUAUAUAUUUUUGGUGCUCUGGUACAUGGCAAAACAUGUCUGAUGUGUACUAUAUUUUCAUAAGGAAGAGUCAUAAAGAUGAGUAUGAUGUUCAUUUUGCUGUCAUUUAUUGUGUAGAAAUAAAACACUGGUUAAAGUGAACAAAA